UGAGUCAGGAUUCGGAGAAGAAAAGUGCGGAAGUUAGCAAUUGCACAGUAUUCACCGCUUCGCGUGGACAAAACCCAGGGUUCAAGUGAAUUGUCUUCAACGUGAACAUGUUGAAAGAGUUGGUACGGGAGCGACUCAUUGCGGCCGCCGACGAAAUCUUCGGCCUUUUUGAGAAAACAAUCGCCUCGUACGAGGAGCAACUUAGUCGAGCGAGAGCAGAGAACGAGCGACAGCGAAGACAACUGGAAGCCGUUAGCGCGUCUCAAAUGAUGCUACGCGGCGAAGACAUCCGGCCACUGACUGGUUGUCAGCAAGAGCCUUCCUCCCAGUCGCAGUCGAGGGUGUCCGCUUUGGACCGGGAUGAUGCGUUCAACGUUAAAGAGGAAGAGGAGGGUUUUCAUAUCGGCAACUUGCCGCCACCCGCUGUCGCCGUGGAGCCUGAAAACGAACCACCCGAGUGGUCCGAGCUUCCUCAUCUCAGUCCGAUGGGAGACCCCUUCGAAGGACGAGCACCAGACCACCUUUUAGCUCCGCUGUCGAAUAGCGACGAUGACGACAUGCAAGAAGAAGCGACGGGCGCGGCCGCGCCAACGCAUCGGCGCACGCUGCGAGCAUUCAGAGGCAAAGCUCACGUCGGCGCACGUGUCGCUUUACCUAAAAGUCCCGCGGCCGAGACGACUGCCGCUUCCCCGGUCACUGAGGCGCACUACGAAAAGACUCCCAAAACUUUCGAUUGCGAUAUGGACCUUGAAAGGAAAAGAAAGGUUUCCGCCGUCUGGGACCAUUUUGAUCUUGUGUCGUCUAUGAAGGUAAAAUGUCGCAUUUGUUCGACGGAGCUGUCGUAUGUUAACAAAAGCACCUCCUCCAUGCUGAGACAUUUCAGAGCCAGGCACGAACACGACGAGGUCGCAAACCCGCCCAGAAUCACCGCGGCCUCCAGGAAGCACGCGCUGGACCAGGCGGUUCUGAAUUUCAUUAUCAAGGAGUCACAGCCGCUCAGCAUCGUGGAGAGCGACGGCUUCCGGCAACUGCUUCGGACCCUUGAGCCUUCCUACGUUUUGCCAAGCAGGAAGAUCGUCAAAGAAAUGGGCCCGAAAACCAUCAAGAACGAGGUGGAGUGACAACGGAAGCUGUCGUGGACGUGCAGGCGGGGAGGCUUCCUUGGCGCUUUGCCGUCACGACAUUGAGAAUCUGCAGUCUCCCAAGUUUGGCGCAAGUCGGAAGGUGUUGACCGAGCCGCAACCUGAGCCUUCUUCCCAACGGGCGGCGGCACCCGUUUCCG